GGGAUAGAAAGGUGUUGAUCCACAAAUUGCCCAAUGGUAGAACUGUUAGAUUGUAGAAGUACAAAGCUAGCAGUCUAAUAGAGAACUACGGUUGUAUGUGCGCUUCAUCCUUCUAUAACUAUUAUAAGCAGAAUCAGGAGGAGGGCAUGUAUCUAGUCUUUGUCUCUGAGAAAGGGGACGCCGUUAAAUCACCCCCAGAGAUAGAAAGAGUCGUCUCACAAUAUUCAGACGUUUUUGAGGAGCCCACAAGCGUGGUAGAAAGGGAGGUUGUCCAUGCAAUAGAGGUUGUCCCAGGUAGUAGGGUGCCUAGAGGACGAAUCUAUAGGAUGUCUCCUGCGGAGUUAGAUGAGCUUCGCCGCCAGCUCAAGRAGSUCACAGAGAAGGGAUGGAUACGGCCUAGUACCUCCCCUUACGGUGCGCCAGUCUUAUUUGUUCCUAAGAAGGGAGGUCCAUUAAGGAUGUGCAUUGACUAUAGGGGCCUCAAUGCCAUCACCGUUACGAACGCGGAGCCCCUACCCCGCAUUGACGACCUCUUGGAUAGAGUGCAGGGAUGUCGGUACUUCACGAAGAUAGACUUGAAGUCCGGAUACCAUCAAAUUGCCGUUAGGCCUGAGGACCAACACAAAACCGCAUUUCAGGCCAGGUACGGUCUGUACGAGUUUGUGGUGAUGCCUUUUGGCCUAUGCAAUGCGCCUGGUACGUUCCAGCACUCGAUGAAUAGGAUCUUUCAUGACUACUUGGACAAGUUUAUCGUCGUGUACCUCGACGAUAUUCUCAUCUUUAGUAGGACUGUCAAGGAGCAUGCUGAGCACUUGAAAACAGUGUUAGGGAUCCUAAGACAACACCAAUACAAGGUAAACUUGGAUAAAUGCGAGUUUGGUCGCACCAAGAUCUUGUACUUGGGUCAUGAAAUUUCAGCGGAUGGAUUGAGGCCGGAAGAUGCGAAGGUGGCCAGCAUACGUGACUGGCCCAGACCUCAAACAAUUACUGAGGUCAGAUCGUUUUUGGGGAUGACGGGCUAUUAUCGUCCGUUUGUGAAGAACUAUAGUACUAUUGCUUCCCCAUUAAUGGAUCUAACUCGACUUGACACCCCUUGGGAGUGGACUGAAGAGUGUGAGGCGAGCUUCAAGAAAUUGAAGUAUGAUCUGACGCACUACGAAGUUCUCAAACUUCCUGAUCCUGACAAGCCAUUUGUUGUGACCACAGACGCCAGCCAAUAUGGCAUAGGCGCGGUCCUUGCGCAACAGGAAGGACCCAAGUUGAGACCGAUCGAGUACAUGAGCAAGAAGAUGCCAUCUCAUAAGUUGGCUAAGUCCACUUAUGAGAGAGAGCUCUACGCCCUGUACAGAGCGCUAGUUCAUUGGAGACACUACCUUCUAGGUAGAUUCUUCUAUGUGAGAUCUGACCAUGAGACUUUGCGCUGGAUUAAGACACAGCCUGUGUUGUCAGACGCACUCAAGAGAUGGAUUCAAGUGAUAGACAUGUAUGACUAUCAACUUGAUCCUAUCAAAGGUACGUACAACAAAGUGGCUGAUGCGCUAUCAAGAAGGGCAGAUUAUCUGGGCGCGCUAGUUACCGAGUUUGGCAUAUCUGAUGAACUCACUCGAUCGCUGGUGGAAGCCUAUCAGGGAGACCCAGUCAUGUCAGAGAUCAUGCGUAGAUUCAAGGCAAAGGAUAAGAAGACUUUGGACGAGUUUACAAUGGUAGAUGACUUGCUGUUUCUUGACAAGGCAGGGAAUAAAAGACUAUGUGUUGCUAAUAGCGAGUCUUUGCGUAGUUUAUUUUUAGGUGAAUGUCAUGACGCAACUGGUCAUUUUGGUUACAGAAAGACAUCAGCGAACUUAGUCCAGAGAUUUUGGUGGCCUUCUAUGUUAGAAGAUGCGAAACGUUAUGUGGAAACCUGCCAGGUUUGUCAAAGAGAUAAACCAAGGACUCAGGCUCCGCUUGGGUUAAUCAAACCCUUGCCGAUCCCUCAAGGACCAGGUCAGAGUGUGUCCAUGGAUUUCAUGGAUACCCUUGUGACCAGCAGGACGGGGAAGAGACACAUCUUUGUCAUAGUGGACCGCUUUACCAAGUACGGCAGACUAAUCGCUAUGCCUGAAACUGCUAAAACUGACCUCGUCAUCAAACUAUUCAUGGACAAUUGGGUUAGGGACUUCGGUCUACCUACAUCUAUUGUUAGUGAUAGGGAUGUAAGAUUUACAAGUGAGCUGUGGCAGACCGCUGCUGAGCAAAUGGGCACAAGGCUCCAAAUGACGUCAGGGAAUCACCCUGAGUCAAAUGGCCAGGCAGAACAAAUGAACCGGGUAGUGCAGCACCUACUAAGGCAUUAUGUUAAGCCUAGUCAGGAUGACUGGGACGAGAAGUUACCUCUCGUCGCCAGCCUGUACAACAAUGCUGUGCACAGCAUCACCGGUAUGACUCCCAACCAGUUACAUCUUGGUUGGAAGCCCAGAUCUGCGCUUGACUUAUUGCUACCAGAAAGACAACCCACUGCAGCACCUGGCAGCAUAGAGUUUGCUGUCAAGUAUGAGCAGAUGCUGCAACAGGCCGUGGAACAUAUUCAGAAGUCUCAAGAUGCUAUGAUUGCAUCUGAGAACAAACAUAGACGGCCUUCUAACUUUCAGGUAGGUGAGAGAAUCUGGGUGAAAUCAUCUGAACUGGGACAGGAGAUAGGAAUCUCAAGAAAACUGAUGCCUCAGUUCUUUGGGCCCUGGGAGGUCUUAGACAUUGUAGGAGAUCAACCAGAUGGUCCUUCAUAUGUAAUCCGCAUCCCACCUCACUUGCGUACUUACCCUGUGUUCCAUGCCUCUAAGUUAGCACCCUUUGCUGCUACUGAGCAGUUCCCUUCUAGAAGAUCAAUGCUGCCCCCAACCAUGGAUGGCAAAGUGGACAUUGACCAGAUCGUCGAGCAUCGAGUGAUGCCUGUCCCUCGACCAUCAGGCAGAGGGCGACCUCCAAAACCAAGGAUGCAGUAUCAAAAGUAUGAGAGAGAGGCGAGGAGGAAUUGGGAUUUGUUCUACAAAAGACACACCGACAAGUUCUUCAAGGAUCGCCACUAUUUGCACCACGAGUGGGGAAAAUUUCUUACAGUGUCGUCGCAUGAAGGUGACGGAAUGACUGUGAUGGAAAGGCACAAGGGAGCUUCGUCAGGUGACGAGCGAGAGACAACUGAAGCUCAGCAUAAACAGGGUAAAGGCAAAGUCAUCCUGGAGGUUGGGUGUGGUGUGGGCAACACAGUUUUCCCAUUGCUGGAGGAUAACCCUGAAGCCUUUGUCUAUGCCUGUGACUUCUCUGAGAGGGCUGUCAACUUGCUGAAGGCACAUGAGAGCUACGAUGAGAGCCGUGUUCACGCCUUUGUAAAAGAUAUAACUGCAGAUGACCUCCUUUCCAAUAUCCCAGUAAAUUCUGUGGAUAUUGUCACCCUGGUGUUUGUCCUCUCUGCGAUUUCCCCGGAGAAGAUGGCUGCGGCGAUUCACAACAUCCUUAAAGUAUUGAAGCAUGGUGGGCAUAUCUUGUUUCGAGAUUAUGCGGCUGGGGAUUUGGCGCAGGAAAGGUUCAUGGCAAAAGAACAAAAGAUUAGUGAAAGCUUCUACGUUCGUGGAGACGGGACACGAGCGUACUAUUUCACAGAGGACAGUCUGAAAUCGCUUUUUGAGAGUGAGGGACUCAUUUGUGAGGAGAUGAAAAUCCAUCACCGUGAGAUAACUAACAAGGCCAGGGAGCUUGUAAUGAACAGGCGGUGGAUUCAAGCUGCCUUCAGGUUGGAAGCAAAUACCAAGGCAAACCCCACACUUGCUGCUGACAUUGCAAUCCCCAGGGCAUUGAGGACUGAAGCUGAUGACAGCACUGCCAGUAGGGCAGGCAGUUCUGAUGGGCAAAAUUCUGGUAUCUCAGAUGAUAGUCAAGGAACUAUGGUUUCGACUCCAUCUGGCUCAGAAAGCAUGAGCAACAAAGAAGGAUGGGCGUGUUCAACACCCCCAGUAUCAUCCCUGGGCCCAAAAGCUGAUGGGAUGUCAUUCACCGGUGCGGAUGGUGGCGAUAUGUUGGAAGAGGGAUUGGCGGAAGAUGGCACUGCACUCAGGGGUAAGGACAUGGCUUCCCAAGUCUCCGGGAACCUGAAUUUACUGGGCCCAAGCUGUUCCCUCAAUCCUGCUAAGGGCUGCCUGGAAUGUAGUGAUGGAUCGGGAGUCAGAGAGGCAGGAAGCGGAUUGGAAGAUAACUUUUCGCCGACUCUGUUUGCCGAGCCUGCUUCGUAUGAGGUGCAGGAGGUUGAUGUGCUGUGUGAGCGAGUGCGCUUGAAGAUGCUGCCGGCGGAGAAUCAGCACACCCAGCCAAACACAGGCCUUCUUAUCUGGCACUCAGCGCCGGCGUUAGCCAUGUUCUUGUCUGUUAACCCGGCGCUCAUACAUGACAAGGCCGUCCUUGAGCUGGGAUGCGGCGCUGCCGCUCUCAGUUCGUUCAUCGCGUCAAAAUAUGCGCGAAGAGUUGUUGCGACGGAUGGCGACAGGGAGACAAUGGCUCUCGUCAACGAGAAUGUGCUGAUGAACCAGGACGGUUUCCCCGUUGCGAAGAUUGCCUGUCAGCGACUGCAAUGGGGAAACUGGGAUGAUGUGCAGUCCGUAAAGUGCCAGACGCUUUGCGGUGAAGAAGACGGAGGUCGUCACUUCGAUGUGGUCUUGGGGUCUGAUGUGGUGUAUGUGGCGGAGGCUGUUCCAUUGUUGUUCAAGACCGCAAGAGCAUUACUAACGGAUGGCGACAGUUGGGUGGCGGACUUAAGCGGAGCAAACGAAACACAACAACGCACGCUGAGCGCUGUCGAUGAUGGAGAAUGCGUCGAGCGUACAAACAAAUCCCCGAACAGCGAUGCUGCCAACGCCCAGCAGAUUGCGCUUCCUGUGGCCCAAGAGGACUACCCUCAGGGGCCUUUUCUACUGCUCUGUCAUGUGCCCAGGGGGGUGUCAGAGCAAUUUAUACUCAGUGCAGCUUGCAAGUCCGGCUUUCGCAACUACAAGGCCCUUUCUUGGGAAGACGCGUGGCAAAAGAGCUUCGAUCCUUCGUGCCUAUCAGACAAAGCAGGAGCAGGUUUCGAGUCUAGCAAGGGCUCGGACAAUGCCUUGAUUAGAGCACCAUAUCCAGGUGAUGCCGGAAUCGAGGCAUUGCCCAGUUGCUUGAGAUUGCUAUGGUUCUGGUAAUUGCUUUUUCGAACCUUUUUCCCAACUAUUUUUGUUCGUAGUUCGAAAACUCAAUAAAAUAUGAAGUGAUAA